AUGGUUAUAUAUGGAUAUCCAGUAGGCGACAUUGUCGAUUCAACUAAACUUAUUGUUCCUGACGAUCUCUAUAAAAUUCACCUUACACCCUCAAGAUCAAAAUUCAUAGUCAUUGGAACGAAAGAUUCAAUCUUUAACUGGAUGAAAUCAUAUGGAAAUGUUCUUUGUGGAUUUGAUAAUGAAACUCAAUUCAUUUCACACCCAAAAUUAUCACAAAGAUUUACAACUAGGAAUAAAUUUAAAAUUUGUUCAAUUGAACCUCAUAAAAUGCUUAAAUUUGAAUUAUAUGAUGAAAAUGAACAUGACGGUAUAUUUAAAAGAAUGUUCUCAUCUUCUAAGAUGAGACUGGAAAUAAAAGCUAAACAUUCAUCAAAACAUAUGGAGGCAUCUUCAGUUAUGAGUGUUAGUGGAAAAAAUGGUAUAAGCUUACAAGAAGUUUUGAUGGCCUUAAAAAAUAAUCCUUCAAGAUCAAGAAGAUGCUAUAACUUAAGUUCAGAACAACUCGCAAGAGUCACUUGCGACUACGAAUAA